AUGUGGCAGCACGGAUGGCGCGGGGGCGUCUGCAAGCUUGUGCUGGCAACUUUGGGAGGCAUUUGUCUGGUUUGGCUCGUUUUCUUGUAUGCGGACAUCUUCGUGGUGGUCUCCUCGGAUGCUGACGUUUGCCCCAACGGGGCCGAGCUUGGAGGUAUCGAGACGUGCAACACCAGCCGGUGGGAGGGGCCUUGCUAUGCUGGCACGAUUCUUGAGCCCUGUGUCUGUGUGAAGGGCUUUCAGCCCCGCAUCACCAAGAUGCUUUUCUGGUCUUCGCACUAUCAUUUCCGGUGCUGCUCGGAGCCAAUCGCCGGCCCGGUGCCAACUGGGGAUCAUAUGUACGUUCAGGUAGCGGGUCCUCUUCUUUUGGCGAUGGGCAUCGUCGGUAUUCUUGUGUGCAGCUGGCUUAUCAAUCGUUCCAAUUCACCUUACGGCAUGCCCUCGCAGCAAGAGAAGGCAAUGGAGGAGAAUCCAGUCCAACUUGAUGGUGCACAUCUGCACAGCACAGUGGAGAUGCACAGGUGGAGUGUGACACUUGCUGACCUACAUGAGUUUCGUCGACUCGUUCUACAGGCUAUUGCUGACGGUCGCAUCAAACCCACUGACCAAGAUCCGUUUGAUGCCUGGGAUGUUGUCACAGGGCCGUCGAUGUACACUGUCACGGAGCAGUACAUCAAGACUGUGACGAAGAAAGCCGGCAAUGCGAGUUGGGCGCUCAUGAAGCAUCCGGCUGGCAUGGAUUGCGAUCUCUUCAUCACACAUGCAUGGUCGGAAGGAAUAUUCGAGUUUGUGGACAAAGUCACCAACUCCUGGCCAAGUGGUGCGACAGCUGCAUACGUCUGCUUUCUGUCCAACCCACAAAACUUGGACAUUGGGGGCCUGAUCACGUCUCCAUCCGAGUCUCCCUUUGCCAAAGCCCUCGAGUCGUCGAAGCAGAUGUUGGUCGUACCAAACCAGAGGCUGAGCAUCUACACCAGAAUCUGGUGCGUCUACGAAGCUUUUUUGGCAUACCGAUUGGAGAAGCCUAUUCGCACCUCGAUGGCACCGGUUCCACACUUCUGGCCUCGAGUGCUGCGCAACCUCUUUGCCGGAUGUGCUUUUCACGGGAUUGGCUUCUUGCUUGUCGGCCAGUUGCCUCCAGAUUCGGAAGAUCAAACACGAGUUGUCGAACUGCUUUCCCAAGCAGCAGGACUUGUAUGCCUCUUCGUCCUAGUCUUCCUGUACAAGACGAACAGACAUGACCGAAAGAUACUCCAAGCGGCAAUCUAUGUUUGUGGGGCCUUGUGCGCCCUCUACCGAAUCACACUGUGCUAUCGGAAAGGCUUCAAGAGGUCGAACAACAUAGUCUUUAUGAUCGUGGCAGUGUGCCUCAUGGCCGGCUUAGAGAUGGAUCGUCUCUUGGCGAUCAGCGGAAACAAGCAGACGGCACAGCUGAAGGCCGGCUUCAAAGGCAUCCAGGCGGCCAACAGCUCCAACGUGUCGGAUGCGAAGCGCAUCCACAAGGAGAUCGAAGACCAGGGACAACAAGACAUGGUGAACCAUGCUGUGCAAGUCCUGGUGGACAUGAACCUCUUCUCGAAGGAUCUUCAAGAGAUCACCAAGCACACCGGGCCACUUGGGGACAUUUCAACUUGGAGCCGUAGCAUCCUGGCUGUGAGUCUGAUGUGGUGGGUGACGAACACAAACCAAAUAUGGAUUGGCCGGAUCUUGCAACAUGAUGACAAAGAAAUGGCACAUUGGCUGCGCUGGGUGGUGUUUGUGGGAGCUGCGCUGGAGGCGGUGACCUUCUACCUGCUUUUUGUCUUUAUGCCUGAUCAUCGCAAGGCUUUUGCAGAAAGGACUCAGGUACUUCUGUUGCUUCCCGUCGUUUUAACAUACAGUGGCCUUUUUAGUGGUCCGAGCUACGAGACCUUCUAUGUCCUUUUUGUGAACUCCGUGGUCGUUGGCCUAUCCGCUGCAGGCCCCGCCCGGGUUGCUGCCAUUCCACGCAUUGGAGCCCCAGUCGUCCGGGCGCUCUUCGGCCGGAGUCCCUUCAAGGCAGCGAGAAUGAAGAGUCCGGAGAGUGGCGAGUGCGGCGAAUCCGGUGUCCCCUCUUCUGGCGUUGUGAGUGUGCAAGGCCAGACCGACGACGAAGAAGAUCUCGUGGAAGUCUGA